AUGAUAAUUCACAGAUAUCCAAUAUCGAUUAGUAUUAUGAUAAAGUUGUUGUUGGUGUUGGUUCUUUUCAGUACGGUAUCGGUUCGUGCUGAUGCUUCAUCUCAAGAUGCUAUCGCCGAUGAUGAAUUUGUCAGUCGCGCUAUCCAAUUGCAAAAAGAAAAGGUCAAAAUCAAUCCGUAUUCACACGACAUUGUUUCGCCAUUCAACGUUGGCAACAGUCAAAAGUCAUCGAUUGACCACGUCAAUCUCUGGGUGUACUUUACAGACAAGAAGAAAACUACAGCCAACUCGACCACCACAAUAAAUCUGAACCAACAAUCGCUGUCGAGAAGAAGCUCACGUUCCGAGCAUGCCGUCGGCGCACUGAAGAACAUCUACCAGAACAGCAAUUCAAAGUCGUCAGCCGACUAUGUGAUCGAUAGUUUCGAUGUGCCAAUCAACCAGAUUUAUAUAGAUAGAGUAGUCGCCGUCGAUUCAUCGUUGAUCAGUGUUAGACAUCGCUCCAAUUGGUUGAAUGCAGUAUCUAUAACCGUGCGACUUGACAACAAUCUCUCGACUCUCGAUGAAAAGGAAGCGGAACUCUCAAAGCUGGUUAAACGAAUCAAAACGCUACCAAACGUAUUGAAAGUAAUUGAAGUCAGUCAAAUCAAAUCAACCUCCUCCGAGCAGAAGCCAUUGACUGCCUCAAAGUCACUGAUCAAUGAAGAUCUUGUCAACCUUGUAAACGGAGUUGACUAUGCACAAUCCUUCAAACAACUAUCACAAAUCAAUAUUAUUGACGCACACACAAAUGGAUAUACAGGAAAAGGUGUUACCAUUUUAAUUUUGGAUACAGGAUUCUACAAAGAUCAUGAAUCUUUGAAAAACUGUAAGAUCGUUGGUGAACAUAAUUUCAUUGAUAAUACAAGUGAAACACAAGGUCCAUUAGGAGAUCCACAAAACUCACAUGGAACUUAUAUUCUAUCGAAUCUUGCUGCUUAUCAACCUGGUAAAAUGAUUGGUGCUGCCUACAAUGCUAACUAUCUAUUAGCUAAAACUGAAAUAGUUUCAAAAGAGAUACCUGUUGAAGAGGAUUACUUUAUUUCGGCAUUGGAAUGGGGAGAGAGUCAGGGCGUUGAUGUGGUAACUGCUUCGCUUGGCUACAAUGAAUGGUACAAGUAUUGGGAUUUGACAGGUGACUCUGCCAUUUCAAAGGCAGUCGAUAUUGCAACUGGCAAGGGUGUCGUUGUUUAUUAA